UGUUCACUGGGGAUGGGGAGGGAGGGAGAGGGAGGAUUAUAAACUAUAAAGAGGGUGACGGGCGUUCUGUUGGUUGUUGGGUCGUGGGCUUCAUGCAGCGGGCUUCAGCGUCUUCACCCUUCACAGCAGCUUUCACUUCCUUCUCGCUUCCUUUAUUACGCUUCAUUCUCAGCCCUGGAGGCAAAUAAUCUGAUAUACUUGUUAAAUCCCUGUUGUUGAAUAAUUCUGCAGUCCCUCCCCAGAGAACCCACCAAAAACACAACCUUCAUCACAAUGUAUACCUCCGACCUCCUCGUCCUCGCCCUCCUCACCACCUCCACAUCGGCCCAUGGCGUGGUCACCAUGAUCAAGGGCGCCAACGGCGUGAUGAUGCCGGGGCUGUCCAUCGCCGACGGCACGCCGCGGGACUGUUCGACCAACCGGUGCGGCUCGCAGGCCGACACGGCCAUCAUCCGCGACCGCGAGAUCAGCAGCGGCCAGGUCGGCCCGCUGGGGCGCACCCAGGGCAACGGCCCCAUCGACCCGGCCACCAUGAUCGCCGCCUUCAUGGGCGCCGGCACCGCGCCCAGCGUCAACGCCACCAACGCGUCCGUGGGCGUCGAGGACGACCUGAGCGGGAGGAAGAAGAAGGAGGAGGCAACCACCGUGGCCAAGGAGACCAUGGUGGCCCAAACCGCGGGCACGGGGGCCACCGAGGGCUUGCCGACGUGUGCCGAUGACGGGACUAUUGAGAUGGUGUUCCACCAGAUCAACCAAGACGGGGCCGGUCCCAUGGAGGCGGCCGUCGACGGCACGUCGGGCGGCAAGGACCCGAACGCGUUCCAGCGGGCCAAGGUGACGCAGGACGUGCCCGGCAUCGGGUUCCAGGGCCUCAGCCUGGCGACCAGCACCGACUUCCCGCUGAAGGUGCAGAUGCCGGCCGGCAUGACCUGCGACGCCACCGUCGCCGGCGUCAACAACGUGUGCAUUGUGCGCGUCCGCAACGGUGCCGCCGCCGGCCCCUUCGGCGGCAGUGCGGCGUUCACCCAGAGCGCGACCGCCCGGAAGCGCGCCGUCGAGUACCGCCUCAAGAAGCGGGCUGCCAAGGUGUUCGUUGCUUAA